AUGGAAGUGAAUGAGGGCGAAGUACCGGAGGUGGUAGAUGUGAUGAAGUUCUCGGAGCCCGAGGCUUGCACCGAGGGGCCUUACAAGCCCCCACUGCCCGAGGUCCUACUGUUGCCUGGGCAGAGGGGGAAGCUGCUACCUGACCCACGGCCCGAGGUCCUACUGUUGCCUGGGCAGAGGGGGAAGCUGCCACCUGACCCAGUGCCCGAGGUCUUACUGUUGCCUGGGCAGAGGGGGAAGCUGCCACCUGACCCAGUGCCCAAGGUCCUACUGUUGCCUGGGCAGAGGGGGAAGCUGCCACCUGACCCACUGCCCGAGGUCCUACUGUUGCCUGGGCAGAGAGGGAAGCUGCCACCUGACCCACUGCCCGAGGUCCUACUGUUGCCUGGGCAGAGGGGGAAGCUGCCACCUGACCCAGUGCCCGAGGUCCUACUGUUGCCUGGGCAGAGUGGGAAGUUGCCACCUGACCCACUGCCCGAGGUCCUACUGUUGCCUGGGCAGAGGGGGAAGCUGCCACCUGACCCACUGCCCGAGGUCCUACUGUUGCCUGGGCAUAGAGGGAAGCUGCCACCUGACCCACUGCCUGAGGUCCUACUGUUGCCUGGGCAUAGAGGGAAGCUGCCACCUGACCCACUGCCUGAGGUCCUACUGUUGCCUGGGCAGAGGGGGAAGCUGCCACCUGACCCACUGCCCGAGGUCCUACUGUUGCCUGGGCAGAGUGGGAAGUUGCCACCUGACCCACUGCCCGAGGUCCUACUGUUGCCUGGGCAGAGGGGGAAGCUGCCACCUGACCCAGUGCCCGAGGUCCUACUGUUGCCUGGGCAGAGUGGGAAGUUGCCACCUGACCCACUGCCUGAGGUCCUACUGUUGCCUGGGCAGAGGGGGAAGCUGCCACCUGACCCACUGCCUGAGGUCCUACUGUUGCCUGGGCAUAGAGGGAAGCUGCCACCUGACCCACUGCCUGAGGUCCUACUGUUGCCUGGGCAGAGGGGGAAGCUGCCACCUGACCCACUGCCCGAGGUCCUACUGUUGCCUGGGCAGAGUGGGAAGUUGCCACCUGACCCACUGCCCGAGGUCCUACUGUUGCCUGGGCAGAGGGGGAAGCUGCCACCUGACCCAGUGCCCGAGGUCCUACUGUUGCCUGGGCAGAGGGGGAAGCUGCCACCUGACCCAGUGCCCGAGGUCCUACUGUUGCCUGGGCAGAGGGGGAAGCUGCCACCUGACCCAGUGCCCGAGGUCCUACUGUUGCCUGGGCAGAGGGGGAAGCUGCCACCUGACCCAGUGCCCGAGGUCCUACUGUUGCCUGGGCAGAGGGGGAAGCUGCCACCUGACCCAGUGCCCGAGGUCCUACUGUUGCCUGGGCAGAGGGGGAAGCUGCCACCUGACCCAGUGCCCGAGGUCCUACUGUUGCCUGGGCAGAGGGGGAAGCUGCCACCUGACCCACUGCCCGAGGUCCUACUGUUGCCUGGGCAGAGGGGGAAGCUGCCACCUGACCCACUGCCCGAGGUCCUACUGUUGCCUGGGCAGAGGGGGAAGCUGCCACCUGACCCACUGCCCGAGGUCCUACUGUUGCCUGGGCAGAGGGGGAAGCUGCCACCUGACCCACUGCCCGAGGUCCUACUGUUGCCUGGGCAGAGGGGGAAGCUGCCACCUGACCCACUGCCCGAGGUCCUACUGUUGCCUGGGCAGAGGGGGAAGCUGCCACCUGACCCACUGCCCGAGGUCCUACUGUUGCCUGGGCAGAGGGGGAAGCUGCCACCUGACCCACUGCCCGAGGUCCUACUGUUGCCUGGGCAGAGGGGGAAGCUGCCACCUGACCCACUGCCCGAGGUCCUACUGUUGCCUGGGCAGAGGGGGAAGCUGCCACCUGACCCACUGCCCGAGGUCCUACUGUUGCCUGGGCAGAGGGGGAAGCUGCCACCUGACCCACUGCCCGAGGUCCUACUGUUGCCUGGGCAGAGGGGGAAGCUGCCACCUGACCCACUGCCCGAGGUCCUACUGUUGCCUGGGCAGAGGGGGAAGCUGCCACCUGACCCACUGCCCGAGGUCCUACUGUUGCCUGGGCAGAGGGGGAAGCUGCCACCUGACCCACUGCCCGAGGUCCUACUGUUGCCUGGGCAGAGGGGGAAGCUGCCACCUGACCCACUGCCCGAGGUCCUACUGUUGCCUGGGCAAAGGGGGAAGCUGCCACCUGACCCACUGCCCGAGGUCCUACUGUUGCCUGGGCAGAGGGGGAAGCUGCCACCUGACCCACUGCCCGAGGUCCUACUGUUGCCUGGGCAGAGGGGGAAGCUGCCACCUGACCCACUGCCCGAGGUCCUACUGUUGCCUGGGCAGAGGGGGAAGCUGCCACCUGACCCACUGCCCGAGGUCCUACUGUUGCCUGGGCAGAGGGGGAAGCUGCCACCUGACCCACUGCCCGAGGUCCUACUGUUGCCUGGGCAGAGGGGGAAGCUGCCACCUGACCCACUGCCCGAGGUCCUACUGUUGCCUGGGCAUAGAGGGAAGCUGCCACCUGACCCACUGCCCGAGGUCCUACUGUUGCCUGGGCAGAGGGGGAAGCUGCCACCUGACCCACUGCCCGAGGUCCUACUGUUGCCUGGGCAGAGUGGGAAGUUGCCACCUGACCCACUGCCCGAGGUCCUACUGUUGCCUGGGCAGAGGGGGAAGCUGCCACCUGACCCAGUGCCCGAGGUCCUACUGUUGCCUGGGCAGAGGGGGAAGCUGCCACCUGACCCACUGCCCGAGGUCCUACUGUUGCCUGGGCAGAGGGGGAAGCUGCCACCUGACCCAGUGCCCGAGGUCCUACUGUUGCCUGGGCAGAGGGGGAAGCUGCCACCUGACCCAGUGCCCGAGGUCCUACUGUUGCCUGGGCAGAGGGGGAAGCUGCCACCUGACCCACUGCCCGAGGUCCUACUGUUGCCUGGGCAGAGGGGGAAGCUGCCACCUGACCCACUGCCCGAGGUCCUACUGUUGCCUGGGCAGAGGGGGAAGCUGCCACCUGACCCACUGCCCGAGGUCCUACUGUUGCCUGGGCAGAGGGGGAAGCUGCCACCUGACCCACUGCCCGAGGUCCUACUGUUGCCUGGGCAGAGGGGGAAGCUGCCACCUGACCCACUGCCCGAGGUCCUACUGUUGCCUGGGCAGAGGGGGAAGCUGCCACCUGACCCACUGCCCGAGGUCCUACUGUUGCCUGGGCAGAGGGGGAAGCUGCCACCUGACCCACUGCCCGAGGUCCUACUGUUGCCUGGGCAGAGGGGGAAGCUGCCACCUGACCCACUGCCCGAGGUCCUACUGUUGCCUGGGCAGAGGGGGAAGCUGCCACCUGACCCACUGCCCGAGGUCCUACUGUUGCCUGGGCAGAGGGGGAAGCUGCCACCUGACCCACUGCCCGAGGUCCUACUGUUGCCUGGGCAGAGGGGGAAGCUGCCACCUGACCCACUGCCCGAGGUCCUACUGUUGCCUGGGCAGAGGGGGAAGCUGCCACCUGACCCACUGCCCGAGGUCCUACUGUUGCCUGGGCAGAGGGGGAAGCUGCCACCUGACCCACUGCCCGAGGUCCUACUGUUGCCUGGGCAGAGGGGGAAGCUGCCACCUGACCCACUGCCCGAGGUCCUACUGUUGCCUGGGCAGAGGGGGAAGCUGCCACCUGACCCACUGCCCGAGGUCCUACUGUUGCCUGGGCAGAGGGGGAAGCUGCCACCUGACCCACUGCCCGAGGUCCUACUGUUGCCUGGGCAGAGGGGGAAGCUGCCACCUGACCCACUGCCCGAGGUCCUACUGUUGCCUGGGCAGAGGGGGAAGCUGCCACCUGACCCACUGCCCGAGGUCCUACUGUUGCCUGGGCAGAGGGGGAAGCUGCCACCUGACCCACUGCCCGAGGUCCUACUGUUGCCUGGGCAGAGGGGGAAGCUGCCACCUGACCCACUGCCCGAGGUCCUACUGUUGCCUGGGCAGAGGGGGAAGCUGCCACCUGACCCAGUGCCCGAGGUCCUACUGUUGCCUGGGCAGAGGGGGAAGCUGCCACCUGACCCACUGCCCGAGGUCCUACUGUUGCCUGGGCAGAGGGGGAAGCUGCCACCUGACCCACUGCCCGAGGUCCUACUGUUGCCUGGGCAGAGGGGGAAGCUGCCACCUGACCCACUGCCCGAGGUCCUACUGUUGCCUGGGCAGAGGGGGAAGCUGCCACCUGACCCACUGCCCGAGGUCCUACUGUUGCCUGGGAAGAGGGGGAAGCUGCCACCUGACCCACUGCCCGAGGUCCUACUGUUGCCUGGGCAGAGGGGGAAGCUGCCACCUGACCCACUGCCCGAGGUCCUACUGUUGCCUGGGCAGAGGGGGAAGCUGCCACCUGACCCACUGCCCGAGGUCCUACUGUUGCCUGGGCAGAGGGGGAAGCUGCCACCUGACCCACUGCCCGAGGUCCUACUGUUGCCUGGGCAGAGGGGGAAGCUGCCACCUGACCCACUGCCCGAGGUCCUACUGUUGCCUGGGCAGAGGGGGAAGCUGCCACCUGACCCACUGCCCGAGGUCCUACUGUUGCCUGGGCAGAGGGGGAAGCUGCCACCUGACCCACUGCCCGAGGUCCUACUGUUGCCUGGGCAGAGGGGGAAGCUGCCACCUGACCCACUGCCCGAGGUCCUACUGUUGCCUGGGCAGAGGGGGAAGCUGCCACCUGACCCACUGCCCGAGGUCCUACUGUUGCCUGGGCAGAGGGGGAAGCUGCCACCUGACCCACUGCCCGAGGUCCUACUGUUGCCUGGGCAGAGGGGGAAGCUGCCACCUGACCCACUGCCCGAGGUCCUACUGUUGCCUGGGCAGAGGGGGAAGCUGCCACCUGACCCACUGCCCGAGGUCCUACUGUUGCCUGGGCAGAGGGGGAAGCUGCCACCUGACCCACUGCCCGAGGUCCUACUGUUGCCUGGGCAGAGGGGGAAGCUGCCACCUGACCCACUGCCCGAGGUCCUACUGUUGCCUGGGCAGAGGGGGAAGCUGCCACCUGACCCACUGCCCGAGGUCCUACUGUUGCCUGGGCAGAGGGGGAAGCUGCCACCUGACCCACUGCCCGAGGUCCUACUGUUGCCUGGGCAGAGGGGGAAGCUGCCACCUGACCCACUGCCCGAGGUCCUACUGUUGCCUGGGCAGAGGGGGAAGCUGCCACCUGACCCACUGCCCGAGGUCCUACUGUUGCCUGGGCAGAGGGGGAAGCUGCCACCUGACCCACUGCCCGAGGUCCUACUGUUGCCUGGGCAGAGGGGGAAGCUGCCACCUGACCCACUGCCCGAGGUCCUACUGUUGCCUGGGCAGAGGGGGAAGCUGCCACCUGACCCACUGCCCGAGGUCCUACUGUUGCCUGGGCAGAGGGGGAAGCUGCCACCUGACCCACUGCCCGAGGUCCUACUGUUGCCUGGGAAGAGGGGGAAGCUGCCACCUGACCCACUGCCCGAGGUCCUACUGUUGCCUGGGCAGAGGGGGAAGCUGCCACCUGACCCACUGCCCGAGGUCCUACUGUUGCCUGGGCAGAGGGGGAAGCUGCCACCUGACCCACUGCCGCGUUCUGUUGGCUCCCCUCUUCCAGCCUGCACUGGCCUCCACCAUGACACUCACCCUGGUCUGGCGACCUCAGGCACCUUGGUGACGGGGUGGCCAGCAGCAGCGGAGAAGGCACUGUCACUGUGCCAAACCGGAUCCUUCAUGAGGAAGAGGCCAGGGACAGCCAGCCCCGGCUUCUAUUCUCCAGCCGAUAUUAAUUGCGUGGUUCAAGCCAGAGUGAGCCCGUAG